AUGAGCUCGCCUCAGAAGAAGACCGCCGCUGCAGCAGAGGAGAAGGCCUCCGCCGGGAUAGAGACCAUAUCUGUCCCUCAGUACUUCAAGCGUCAGGAAGCAAAGCGUUACGCUCUUGCUGCCAAGGCUACGGCGGGGACAACUCAGCCGGAGAUUGUCCUCGAAGGCUCCUCUGUAGACAACGACGCCGUUGACUACGGGAACGGCGACGUGGAGAUGGAAGAGGGCGAGACCUCAUCAAGCAGGCGCAAGAAGUCUAUCGACAGCGAUAGUCUCGACCCGCACGCCGGGUCGAGACGCCCUCGUGAAGGAGAUAACUCGGGCGCUUCGAGGUCGAAGCGUUCGCGCGGCGAGAGCGACACUCCGCUCUCUGCUGCUGAGGCUUUAAGUAACCCGCGUGAUGUGGCGCCUUCAAGUUCUCCGCGCGCUGCUCAGGCAACGCGCGAUCCGUGGAUGCCGUCUGCGUCAGAGAUCGCAGACCGCGUGAGCAACACCGUGCCUCCAAAUGAAAUCCCGCUGUACGUAUGCAGCGGCAUCCACGACGAUGCUGUACCGGGGGAGCAGUACUUUGAUCCGUUAACGAAUCAAAGGCGCGAUUACUACAUCGGACUCUUCCACGAGCUCCGGUACUUCUCCAGCAAGAAUACUUCUUCUCGCAGCAAAGUGCCUGCCGCUCAGGCACUUUGUCAAAGUUGGAAUGCUUUUGUUGAGAACUUUAACAAGAAACCGGCUGCUUACUGCGAGCGGGUUAACCCUUUACAUGCCCGUGAACGCUUUGGGACGUUCUCGACGCGCGGGCGGCUGGAGCAGCUCCACAGAUCUUCUGUGGACGCUGGCCAACAGUGCACGCUGUGCUUUCCGGGUGCGGCGCGCUUGAGCGAUCGCGACUUAAACGGGUACACGACGUUUCGUGUACCUGCUAGUCUCAAGGAUCUCCGUGCCAAGUUCCUGGCACGCGAGGAACGCGACGAUCGUGGGACUUCGGGCGCUGCAGGUGACUACAGCGUUCGCACUACCUUCGCGCCGACAGUGCGUGGUGAGCUUCGCACGCCCUCACCAUUUCCGGAACGUACUGCAGCAGAACGUCCUGCAGCAGAACAUCCCGCGGCAGGACGUCCCGCCGCUCCCAUGUAUCUUGGUGGGUCGGAAACCCUCUCCAACGAAUACGAUAACUGUAACGGGGUUACACGCACAAGUGGCUACAGUCACUUGUUACUCUAA